ACUCAACUCACCAAACAAAAGUAAUUCUCAUAUUCUCUCUCUCUCUCAGAAAUUUUGCAUCCAAUUUUCAAGAUCAAUCUCUAACUAUGUCUCCUCUUCUUGUUUUUCUUCUGAUAUGCUUUUGUACACAUGCAUGCAAUGCUCGCCUUAUAAGUGACAGGGAAAAUAGAAAACCAGACUUCUUCAAGGGAGUAGAUAAAGUAAUCAAUCUCCAUGAGACUUCAACUCCAUCCGAAAUAACCUCUCCAAUUUCAGAGGGCUUUGCAGCACAAGAGAGAGAAGAAGUUGGCAAGGUAGACAGGAGACUUGGUGCAAGCACUAUGGAGCAAAAGAAUGUGCAUGGUCAUUUGAAGGAACAAGGAAGCAGAAAAGUAACGGCUUCAGGGACUGGGUUUAUCAUAUCUACUCAGAAGGAUUUGCAGCAGACAGAUACAGCACAGGGAUUCAAGAGACAAGAAAGAUUCAUGAUAGAAUCAGCACCAAGUGAUACUGAAGAAGCUGUAAAAUCAAAUGAAAAUGACAUUGCAGAAGAUGCAGUAGUCAUGGAUUAUGCACAGCCACAUCGGAAACCACCUAUCCAUAAUGAAAAAGCCUAGAUCAUAUUUUCCCAUGCACAUGUACUCAUUACUUAGUUUUCUACCUUAUAAAGAUGAUGUUUUCUUAUGAAUGGCAUACGAUAAUGUAAAAGAACAUUUGUUUUCAAGAGUGCUCGUCUUAUUAUUAUUGUCUAAAAAUAAAAAUAAAGAUGGGAUGGUGGCUUUCUUGGCUCUUAUGCUUUAUAAAAGCAGACUAGGAAGUUGCUGCAAAUCAGUGUGAAGCUCUCUUGAAUUACUAUAUAUGAUUGUUGAGUUACUACAUAAAAGAUUUGGUCGUAGGAAGAUGAUGAUGGUGAAUAGAUGGACGAUAGCCCUUAUUCGUUGUAUUUAGGCUUCCAUAUUAAUGAAAGUAAAUAAGAAGGGGACACACUAGACAUGGAUGUGUCGCCAUGGUUGAAAAUGUGUUUGAUGUUGUUGCUGAAAUGAACCAAUAAAUUAUUUAGAUUUUUUCU